UUGGAAUUAUCUUAAAGGAAGAUCAAUGUGGCGGCCUUACCCAGACGACAGGUUAGCAGCCAACUAGGAAAUAAACUCCUCUUUUCAUUUCUUAUUAUAUAAACUAAUCCAUUCCUUUUUAACCCAACCGAUUCAUAUUUUCCAAGAUUGAAGCAACACCCAACUUAAUCUUGAUGAACUCAUCAAGCUGUAGUAUUCUCCAAGAAAUCAUGGAGCAAUCAUCGUCUUCACUUGAGUGUUGCUCAAGUAAUUCAACUUCAACUUCAACUUCAACUUCUCCGACCACUCCUGAAAAACGAAAGCACCGGCAAGAGAAGCCGUAUCGAGGGAUAAGGAUGAGAAAAUGGGGGAAAUGGGUGGCGGAAAUUAGAGAACCGAACAAACGUUCCAGAAUAUGGCUCGGUUCUUACUCUACGCCGGUGGCUGCUGCUCGUGCUUAUGAUACCGCCGUGUUUUACCUCCGAGGACCGUCUGCUAGGCUUAAUUUUCCUGAUUUGAUCUACCGAGACGAUCAGCUCCAUGAUAUGUCUGCUGCUUCUAUACGGAAGAAAGCUACUGAAGUUGGUGCUCAGGUUGAUGCUCUUCAACAGACUUCGUCUGCUAUUCAUCACCGCUCAUCAGAAAAGAAGUUAGUUUGUGAUGAGAAACCUGACCUGAAUCAGUAUCCAAUUCCUGAGAAUUCCGAUGAUGAGUAGUGAAAGAUUGUCUCUCCUGAUUAAUUAAUUAGUUAUAACUCUUUGUAAUCAUUAAUUUCUUUCUUUCUUUUUUUGGUUUCUUUUUAAUCUCCUAUAAUUAAGGUUUGAGCUAUAUAUAUAUAGAGAGCGAGACAUCCCUGUGUUUGUGACUCUGAUAAAAGCUAAUCAGACACAGAACAAAAGAGGAUGGUAUAAGAAAUAGAUUAAUGAGAAGCAUUAUGUAUAAUUAAAAGUAGCUAAUCAAGUAGUUCGGUUUUUGAAUUUAGUAA